CAAAAACAAAAUUCGGACAAGCGCGAGCGGUUGCGCGCGUGUUGAGCGCGUCGAGAAAAUUGAGAAAAUAAGUUGAAAAGUGUUUACUUUCGUAUUUGAAUGAAGAUGAAAGAACGUUGAACGUGUCCGGACAAGGAAACAAGCGAACAACAGUAAAAUAGUGUCGAAUUUUUAACUGAAUAUCAACAAAUGAAUUUAAAAAAAAAUAUAAAUAUUCAUAUUCGAUAAAAUAAUAAACGUGCGUUUUAUAUCGCAUACAAAUUGAUAGCGGUAAUUUCGCAUGUUCGCCGGUCGCGUAUGCGGCGCUUUUUUCUAACGGGACAUUGAAGUGUGCUCGCGCGUUUGUGUGUGGGUGUGUCUAUGUGUCUGUGCUAUUGGAGUGCCCAAAAUACUGGGAGAAAUUAAUUAUUGUUGGCAAUUGAAGCAAAAAUGAAUAAGAGAAAUAUUUAACAAAUACUAAAACAAAGUCAAAAAGUGUACCAUAUUGUCUGAUAACUCGAAAGUUUGCCGAUAAAGGAAAAACAUAUCAAAGAAGGGAUUAUUUGGGACUGAAAAAUUCACUUUGAAAGUGCUUAAGAACAGCAAAGGAAACCUGCUCCAGGGAGAGAAAGGGAGAGAGAACGAAGAACGACAGGAGACAAAUCGAACAAAAAUCGAAGCCAACCAAUUGGAACCGAAAUCUUGAAAUCAGAGUCCAUUGCGGUUCCGCCCAUAUAAUAUUGAUGUCUUUGUCGUCGCAUCAUCAAAUCAGCGGCAAUCAAGGCUAGAGGCGGCUGGAGGUGGAGUCUCCACAAAUAUGCGCCAGCAAACAGAAUCGUCGGACGAUGCUACUAUAAUGAGCCAUAUCAGCGAGCAAAUAUUAUCCGCGACAACAGCCGACCGGGGAGUAGAAGUGGAAAAGGGGAAAAACAAUGAGCAGCAGCUACAGCAGCAGCAGCCGGGAAAUCAUCAUCAGGAAAAGCAGGUCUUGAGUAAAUAGAAAAUCAACGAGCAAAAUCAAUACAAAAUCAAUACAAAUACGAGAAGACCUCCUACCAUAGAGGAGAUAGACAGACAGUCAGCCAGAAAUUGAUUGUCAACAUUAUUUGUUGUCGCGUGGAAAGAGCCACAAAAAAAAACAACAACAGCAACCGUAGGAAUAUACAACAAAAGAGUGUCAUCGAAAGGAGUGAAAGACAAACAAAGGAAAUCCUCUAUAGAGCGAACAAAAAUGGGUGGCAAGCAUCAUCAUGGUGCAGGCUCCGGCUCCAACGCUGGAGGAGGCAACGGUGGCGGGGGCGGCGGUGGCAGCCUCAACUCGAGCAUGUGCAACUCGGUGCUCACCAAUGCCACCACAGCCACCAGCAGCAGCCUCACCCAGCAGCAGCAGCAGCUGCAGGCCAAGUACAUCAAAUCGAAGCGCCACCAGAGUCGCUACACCAAUCUGCAGCAUUCUGGUCACGACUCAGGGAGCUAUCUGCAUCUGAAUUCGCUCUGGUCGAUCUGGUACGGUGUCCUGCUCACCCUCUUCCAGGGAUAUCUGGCCAUGCAUGGAGCCUACAGGUUCUUGGGCUGCUCGCUGAUACCCUGGAAAAUUGAGCCCGUGGCGGAAUUGAAUCUACAGAUAGUGCUCUCUGGCGUGGUAUUCAUACUGCUGCCAGUAUUCUUCACUUCGGCGGUGUUUAAGGUUGGCAACUUGGCAAACGACGGCAUUAAAUUGGCCACUGGCGCCAGGGAACGACGCUGCACUCUGGCCCCCCACGACGGUCUCGAGGAGGAGUCACGCGGCGGCACGUUGCGUGCCCUGUGGACACACGGCGGACCGACGGCGGCCUUUGUCCAUAUCCUGAUUGCGCUUUGUUUGCUGCUGCCGCGGCUGCUGCUCGAAGCACGCAUCAUCGAGAACGGACUGUUGCCGAAAGAACAAAUUUGGGCCACUGAAAUGGACUUUGUUGUUAUCAAUCGACGCAAUUUGAUGGCCCUAUCGGUGGUGGGACCUGCCACGGCCCUGCCAAAGCACUACCAUCAGCAGCUGCCGAACGAGCUGGAUGAGGACCAUUCACAGACUUUGAACAUGACCGCAACCAGCAGCGGCAGUCAAGAGGAGGAGGACUACUACAACGAUACCAUGUUCACGGCCAUUCGGGGACUGGGACCAGGACUGGGAGGCAAUAACAACUUGUUCGACCUACGACCUCAACCAGAUAAGGCAGCAAAUGCUGGUGGCAGGAAGAAGUCUACGACGACGACGACGACGACGACGGCGGCGGCCAAGACAACGACAAAGACGGCGGCAAAGACGACACCCAUAUCCACAAAAUUGAAUGCGGGCAAAUACUUUGAAGUGCCCGAUUUAAUUAAUCAAGAUAUUGACGAGGAGGAGCGCCAGGAGCUGGAGGAGGCCAUACACGACGACGAGGAGGACGUGGAUCUCUCCGGGGAGGAGCAGGGCACGGUUAUACUGCCCGACUUUGAUGAGUUUGCACCGAAAACCACAGGCAGGAGCAGCUCCACAGACGACGACAACGACAGCAGCAACAAGUUGAAUAUCGAGAAUUGGCAGACAUUGGGGACACUGGGGAAGGGCAAGGACUCGGGAUCAACGACAACCGAGGCGCCAACAACAACAACAACCACAAGAAGAAGCACCACUACAACAAGCACGACGACGACGACAACGACAUCGACGACGACUCCUGCCACAACGACCAGGACAACCGCAGCGGCGGCAACAACCAAACAGCCACAUCCUCAUCACAGCAAAACCCGAAAGCAUCACAAGCAGCACCACAAGAAACAGCAACAGCAGCAGCAGCCGCGUCGUCAUCAUGUGGCAUCGCACGAGCAGGCAAUGCUGGAGAGCUAUCCUGGAGGGGAGCAGCAGCAGCCGGAGGAGACCACCACGCGGGACAGCAACAUCCACCGCGUGCGGCCCGAAGUCCUGCCAGAGAUCAUCAUACCCUCGACGCCAGUGUCGAGCAACUCCAAGAUCAUAGCCAUCAAGCCGAAGAACCAGAAGCGAAGGAUCAGCAAGCGUUCGGCCAGCGCUGGCGUGGAGAUCGAGCCGGAAUAUCAGCUGGGCGAUGGCACUGGCAGCAUCAGUUCGAGUGAAUUUGUGGCCAAGUCCAACGAGGACGAGGUCGAAGAGAGCGAGGACUUUGAUUUGGAGGAGGGAGACUUUCAGUCGGUGCCGGCCCUGACGCCCGCCACACCGGCACCGCCGACCACACCGCCCGGCAGCGACUACGUCCGGCUGGAUGGCUUUGCCGGAAUGCUGCAGCUGUUCUUUGGCAUUGACAAGCCCAUCGAUGUGGCCAUAUUUGCCCAGCCGCCGAGUGCGGAGUUUGUGAACCUCCUGUGCGCCCUGCUGGUGUGGACCGUGCGCUAUCCGGCCGUGUUCUGGAACACCUCCAAGUCCUUUGCCUGUGUCUUCAGUCUGCAGAUGAUUGUGGCCGCCCUGGACAUCGUGCUUGGCUACGUGGGCGUCUCGAAUCUGUACAAGCUGCAGAUCUAUGCCGAGGCCAUGCCCGUGCAUCAGCCGGGACUCAUACUGAACGGCGUCGUUACGCUGGCCCUGUAUCUGCUGGCCACGGCCCUGGUGCUGGCCUCCUCGAUGGUCAUGUAUCUGUACGGACAUGGUCGCCUGGCCACCCGCAUGCGGGAUCGCUCGAUCAUCACUCUGAAGGCCAACGAGACCUGGAUUUACUUUGCCCACUGCGCCUCGCUGUGCUUUGUCCUGGCCCUGGCGGUGGUCAAGGCACCGCUGCUCAACGAUCUGAGUGCCACCUACAAGAACAAUCUGCAUUGCCCCACGUUUCUGGCAGCUCUCAUUGGUGUCACGCAUCUGUUGCUGUGGAUUGUCGUCUGGCUCUGUCUGACGAUCAAACGGCGCUGGCACUUCAAGCUGCCGCCGCUGGACAACACCUACGGGGGCCUGCUGAACAAGGCCAGUGCCCAGCCCCUGCUGAUGUCCAGUGGCCAGCGGACGGGCAGCAACUCGAGCAGCGGCGGCAACUCCACCAGCACGACCAUGAACGGCGGCAACGACUCCACCUCGAAGCCGGACAUGAUGAGCACGGCCACCAGCACGGAGCUGGGCAUGGGCAUGGGCAUGGGCAUGGGUCUGGCUGCCCAGGAGGAUAUCUACUGGCCGAAGCUGACGCCCAGCUCGCCCAAGCUGAAGGUCACCUUCAAUGAAGUUACGAGUACGUCUGAUGAUGUCCUACUAAUUGGUGACCAAGAACAAACUGAUGGCAAGCGCCAUACGAGCCGUGGAGCCUCGAUAUGUUUUGCCAGUUCUGCGGGGGAAAUUGACGACGGCGAGUACGCGACACUAAGGGCAGCCACUGCCGGCGCCGUUGUGGGCAUCACCAUGGGCAGCAUGAAGAGUGGUCUGGGACUGGGUGCUGUCGGGGCUGGUACCGGGGCUGGAGGUGGAGGCAGCAUUUCGUCAUCGGUGGGCGUUAGUCUGCUCCACCUGUCGGAGUAUGAUGAGCUGCCACCGCCGCCGCCAACCACCAACCAGCACCAUCAACAGCAGCAGCAGCAGCAUCAGCGACAACAGCAGCAGCAGCAGCAGCAGCACCACCACCAGCAUCCACAUCCUCAAUUUGCCCAUGGACAUCCCCACGACUAUGCGAACCUCAGCGGACUGGGCGGCAUCAGCGACGACAACAUCUCGGAGGAGGGCAAACUGUUGGCCUGCGUGCGAGACGAUAGUAUAACAUAUGCCUCGACCAGAGAUCUGGAGCCGCCACAGCCAGCGGCAGCGGCACAGCCACCCCCACCGCCGCCGCCAUUGCCCGUCAAGGGUGCACCCAUGCCACAGCCACCGGCAGUGCUGCCCCAUGCCCACGCCCACGCCCAUGCCGGGCCGUACGGUCGUGCCCCCCAAGCCAUGCCCGAGAUAAUGCAAUUGUCGCCCGAGCACCAUCACAAGUUGCAUCUACAGCAGCAUCUCCAGCAGCCGCUCCAGCCGCAGAAGCCGCCACAUCAUCCUCUCCAGCAACAGCAACAGCAGCAGCAGCAGGGGAAUCCAACGCAUCAGCAUCUAGUCAGCCCCUUGGCUCCCGUCACGGUUGCCGUACACACAAAUGAGGCGCAUAUUGCCUCCAGUUCCACACCCCGUUGCCUGCGUCGCGCCGACUCGGGCGUACCCAACGAGGCCCUGACGCCACGCAGUGACACCAACUCGAUCACGGAGAGCACCACCACCUCGCCGCCAGAGCGCGCCCCCUCCGAGUCCUCGAGCGGUGUGCACUCGGGCGAGGAGCGCGAGCUGGAAGUCAUCAUCAGGCCACGGGCCAGCUGCAAGCCGCCGCCGCGUCCACCACAGCCGCCCAUCCAGGAGGAGCCCUACGGCCGCUGCACCAACAUGCGCAUGUCCAGCUUCAAUGCCGAUCCUGCGGCCUCUCUCACCUCCGCCGCCGGAAUGAACAGUGCCACCCUGCCGAUGCAGCGCACCGCCCCGGAGCAGAAGUUCGACUACACGGCCCACUGCAGCACGAUGCCGUUGCCGGUGGGCUGCCACAGCCAGCAGCUUGCCGGCAACGCUGGCAACGGCGGCUAUGCCUCCACCUCGGCCAUGACCACCUCGAUGGGUGGUGGGGCCAUACCGCCGCCGCCCUCGCAGGUCACCAGCUUCAAGACGUCCGGCAUUGGGAUGCACUAUGCCAACGCUGCAGUGGCCCUGGGCAACGGUCAGAUGCAGGCGCCGCACACCACCCUACCGAACGGCGUCCGCUACUCGAAUCCGCACUUCCUGCGCCGCCUGCCGCAUGUGACCAAGGCAGCCGAGUCGCCGUACGGCCACUUGGGCUACGGGGCCGGACACCAUGCCUUCGCCAAGCUGCCCCACGAGACGCAUCCCACCAUACCCGAGGACCGCGACUCGGCCAACUAUUCGAUGGCCUCCGAUCAGGACUGCGGACUGUAUGUGACGGCCCAGCUGCAUUAGGCUUCAAGCUCAAGCUCAAGCUCAUCCAACUAUUUACUCAGUUUUUCGUAGUACUGUAGUACUGUAGUACUGUAGCACCCUAACCGUAUCCGUAACCCCGUACUCUUCUAAGUUAGCCUCUCGGUUUUUGUACAGCUCCGUGCCCAAGAGAAGCCACACCACUAAUCCACUAAUCUUCCAAAAACAAUGCACUCGAGAUCGGCUGGAGAACGAGUCCCGAUUUGGGUAUACAUGAGUGUACGAGUAUGUAUUUAUUCAUUUUCGAUUGCUUUGCCUAAAACAAUGAUCGACUACACACCUACACUCAAGCGAGUGCGAUUAUGAGUAUGAAUAUGAGUAUGUUGUAGCACAAACAACCCACACACACACACAGACAGACACACACAGUCGUAGCUGAUGAUGACAAACGCCCACGCAAAGGAAACCUUAAAACUAACUAUAUCUUCAUGCAUCUAAAUCUACAUCCAAAUCCAAAUCUAAAUCUAUUUAUAUUUAUAUCUACAUAUAUAUAUAUAUUUAUACAUGGCUAUGCUCGUAUACAAUGUGUAAGAUAAUAAGCUAAUCUAAUGUGUUUAAGUAAUCAAUGUAAACUAAAGUUUAUCAUAUCAUAUAUGAAUGGAAUAUCUAUAGCUAACUGUAAGACCCCUCCCUCCCCAGCCCCCUAUAUCUACGCAUUACUCGUAAACAGAAGGAAGAAAUAUCAUAAUCUUGAUCAUGUGCAAGCACUCAAAGUAUUUUCCCCUAAGCAAUUUUCACUAAACUUAUUAACACACACCCGCACACACUCGGAAGGAACAAAAGGCAUACGAAUUUAAGCAGCGAUUGUAUGGUUUUUAUUGUAAGAAUUAGUAAUUGUAAAAUGGUAACCAAUUUAAUGGCACUUAAUAGCCGAAAACCAUAUGCUUCAGCUAGUCGGAUAUAGAGGAUAUAGACACCCCAGCAAGGCUUCUGCAUACAUACACCUAUGUACGAGUAUUUUCUAUGGUCUCGCAGCGCUUAACGUUUAAGAUGGAUGUAAAAUGUAAUGUAACAAAGCGACAAUAUGAAUAAUAUUAUUUAAUGUAUGAUACAAAUGAUAUAUGUACUAUCCACGUCCCCCCCGCAUACAUAUCUCCACAUAAACACACACUUAAGACUUUCCACUUUGGACUCCUGCACAUUGCUUCAAAAUGUCGUCUAGCCGCCGCAUAGAUUUGUUUAUUUCUUGUCCAUUUUCGAUUGGCGAUUGGUCUACUUUCACAUUUUAAGGAUUAGAACAAUCAUCCCAUUUGGUUAUCCUUGAACAGAGCUCGAGAACGAUUGAUCUUAUAGAAAGUAUGGCAUAUUUCAGGCUGCGCUGAGAAUAUAAUGAUCGAAAUUUAUGAAGUAUCUUUUGUGUUUGGCUUUAUUUAUAAAUUAUGGCAUCCUUCCAGGCUGUUUGGGGAUAUCAAUGUCCUUUUUGCAGGUGCCAAAAGAUUAGCAGGACUCUUCCUAUCUCGAAAAGCCAUUCCACGUCCAGAUCGGCCGUGCUAUAGCCGAGAUAUAGCGUAAAGAAUCGCUUAGUUAAAUAUCCUUGAUAAGGAAUUCAUCAAGGACAUUUAUUUGAUCAUUGUUAGCUAUGUAUAACCACGAAUAGCGGAGAAAACAAAAUAUUCUUUGUUUGAGAAAAUGUCCUUGAUCCUUGAAAAGGACUUCAUGAAAUCAGGGACAUUUUUGCGAUCACAGGAAGCUAUCGCACGCCUUGAUCGGGCCACAAAUGGCCGAGAUAGCUGAAUUUGUGUGGCUAGGGAUGUUUUAGUCCUUGUGCAAGGAUCAGGAAUAUUUUUCCGAUCACAGGAAGCCAUGGCACAACCUGAUCGGCCAGCAAAUAAAGUAUGCUUAAGACUAGAGAAAAUAUCCUUUAUCAUUGAUCCUUGAUCCUUGGUAAGGACUCCAUCAAAUCAAGGAUUUUAUUCCGAUUCCAGGAAGCUGUCGCACUCCCCGAUCGGUCCACAAAUACCGGAGAAAACAACAAAAAUAUCCGCCACCAUCGAAAAUGUAGUUCAAAAAAUCCCCGGCGACAAAUGGGGGCGCCACUGUAAACAAAAAAAAAACCAGUGACCUUCUGCUGAUUUCUGUUCGCCUGGUAUCCCAGAUCUGAAAUCGACAAAUUUCGGUUUAGCGAGCAAAUUGAAAGUGAUUGAAAGUGCUUGAAAGUAGCUGAAAGUGGUUGAAAGUGGCUGAAAGUAAAUUCUUGUUCAGCCGCUCAAAUCAGAAAUUUCGGUCUGGGAUACCAGGCAAACAUAAAUCAGCAGAGGGUCGGUGGUUUGUAGCCCCCAAAAGUAUGCUGCAAUUUUUUUUUAAAUUUUCUACAGUUGCUUGCUGCUGGUUUCUGUUGGCCUGGUAGCCCAGAUCUGAAAUCGACAAAUUUUUGUUUUGCGAGCAAAUUGAAAGAGGUUGAAAGUAAUUUAUUGUUUAUGUCAUAGCUCCGCUAUUUCUUGUCCGAUCGGCACGUGCGACGUCUUCAAGGAUAAAGGAAAUUUUCUCUAAUCAUAAGCAUACUUUAUUUUCUUCGGUAUUUGAAGGCCGAUCAAGUUGUGUCAUGGCUUCCUGUGAUCGGAGAAAUAUUCUUGAUCUUUGGACAAGGACUCUAACAUCGCCAGCCAUACAAAUUCAGUUCUAUGAUCGCAAAAAUGUCCCCGAUUUGAUGACGUCCUUUUCAAGGAUCAAGGAUAUUUUCCCCAGGGUUACAUAUUUAGACUUCUCUGAUUUAAGUGGUCCGAUGGGUUCCUAAGAUAAAGGUAACAUCGCCGAUAGAGUCCUUGUCAAGGAUCAAGGAUAUUUUUCCCAGUCCUACAUACUUACUUUUCUCUGCCAUUUAUGAUCCGAUCUGGGCUUGCCCAGAUUUUAUUUUAAUAAUUAAAUCGCUAUAGCUCCACUGUUUCUCUACCGAUUUAGGCAUGCCACACCUUAUUGUAAUCGGGAGAAUAUUCCGAAUCGCUUGGCAUCAAGGACAAUAAGGAUAUUGCCUUUUGAACGUUUAAUCGCUAUUAAACGCCAUUUCUCCUCAUAUCGAGACUAUUCUGCUUGGUCCGCAUGUUUUCGAGCAGAUAUACAAACAUCCGAUGUCCUUUGUCCUGACCAAGGACCUUUACUCGGCUCCUUUGGUCAACUACUUUCUUUUUGGCAUUCAAACUUCGAAUGGUUAUUAGUAUAACGACAUUUCUGGAGGAGAGUUCGAUUGUUCAGGAUAAUUCUUAGAAAACAAGCGCGCACCAUCGCUGUGGAGGAUUCGAAAGGCCAAUCGUAUUUAUUUUCGUUAUAAAGACUGAUUAGUGUUAUAAAACAAUUUGAAAUGCACUUACAUACACCAGAACCUAUACAAGAGACCCCCGAAAAAACUUUAGAAAUCCUAUGCAUUGAUACGAUAGAGGAUAGGCCGUAAAGAUAGUUUAGUAUGUCGUCUUUAACUUUGGUUCCUUUGAGAAACGCACUAAAAUAAACGGGUUAUCAACGUUUAAGCAAAUGAGAAACUUUUGUAACAUAAUUUCAUAAUUCAAUUAAAAAUUAAUUCAAAUGAAAUACCCAAAUAAAAGUCAAAGUAAAAGUAAAAGUACUAAGUAUGCCUACAGAAAAAUUACACAAAUUUAAUUAUUGCGUAUAUCAUGGGUUAGAUUUUUUGUAUAAGCGAGCGAAACUUGUAAAUGAUAGUAAGGUUAAACCCAAUCCAAUACCCGUUAUGGCACACGGAUAAACGCAUCUAAAUAUAUUUAAUAUGGUAAAUCAAUAAAUGCAUAAAUGUUUAAAUUA